GCCCUCAGUCCUUCUAUUGGUGACUCCUGGACAGGAUUUUAUUCCCAGAAACCUGGCAGCCCUCCACUGAGGGCCGGAGCCUUACAGUAGAAGCAGCAAAACCUGUAAUGCCCCGUAUCUGCACGGCCUGAAUGCCAAUCUCCUCCGCCUGGCAGAGUGUCUGGAGCCACAGGAGGCUUGCCACGUCGUCGACCCCUGGGCCCGGCCUGCGCUACGUCGCUCGUGAAGCGGGAUACCGAGAGUAUUUAGCAUUGUGCAUUGCCCAGAGCGAGAGUCAGCCGGAGCACUGAUAUUUCUGCUCACACAUCUCCAGACUCAGCUACAUAUGAGUAGUAGCCGUCGGGGGCUGCCCACUAACACCACCACCACCUUUGAGCGCAUGGUGUCAAAGUGAACAGGGACAAGACAAAGGAUAUUCAUUAGCCCCACCACUUGGCAUCGACCCGCGCUUUGAUUCAUUCAGGCUGUUUCAAUGGCUAGUCCCAGCCAUCGCCGCUUUGGCUCUCAAGGCCAGCGCCAAAGUCUC